CUUUUUAUCCAAAUUAAUACCUUUAAACAAAGGCAGUAAAACUUUCAUAUGAAUUUUACAAUUAAUAGCAUUAUUGCUUUGAUCUCUUAGCUCCUCUUCAUUAACAUCAUACGUAGAAAAAUAACUGUACAACAAAUUAAACCUACUACAAACAGUUUUACUUUGAUUUAAAGCCACGAAAGAAAUUAAUUCCUUCUUGAAUUCUAUAAAAAGAUCAUCCCCGAUUUUGGCCAAGGCUUGUAACCCUCUAGCCAGCACUUAAAAGCGUAUUAUUAAGUCCUUUAAUUAAAUUUCAAUUAAACCAGACUUACCUUUCACAUUUCCACCGGGAAUAACGCAAUUCAUGAUGUACUUUUGGUUUAAUAGCCCGUUUUUGAAACCAUCAUUUUCAGUUUAUUUACAAAAUUGUGACAUUUUAAAUGUCAAAUUUAAAAGAGUAAGUUUUGCCAACAUGACGAACAUUAUUAAAUGGUGCAAAGUGCAUAAUCUUUAUAAUCUGUGGCAAAGUGAUUAACCUUCUUUAUCUCUGGUGAUUUUGCAAAGUUUUGGGACAAACGCAUGUACUUUAAAAUAACGCUCUGUAUAUUAGGGAAGAAGCGUUUCAGCCUAAAAUAGCAAAUAAUAAAUUUAUGUGUUAAAACUAGAAUCCUAAACAAAUCGGCCAAACAAAAUUGCAACUUGACAAAGAGUUGGCAACUUUGUUUCUGCGUAAUCCACAGAUUUUUUAUCUCUGGAUUUGUGUAGUUUAGCAUUUUCAUUUUCCAAGUUUUGUAUGCCUUGAGAGUUAAAGUGAAAUCAGCAAAAUGAAUACAAUUGUUCCUGACAAGGUCUUGGACGAGAUGAUCUGUUCGGAAUGUUCAAAAUAUUUGUCGGUUUUACCAGUUCGCGCCUACCCCAACAGAGACACGAAAUGUGGCAGAUGCAUUGAAGAAGACGAUAACGGGGCGCCAUCGCAGGUGAAUAAAGUAAUUCCAACAAUGCUUUUUAAAUGUUACAACCGUUACGAGGGAUGCACCUCACUUUUGCUCCCCGAUCAAGUGGAAGAACAUGAAAAAAGCUGCAUCAGCAAAAAUUUCCACAUGUGUCCAUUGUGCUCCGACUCAAACAUGCCACCCUACUUGAUGCUGGCACACUUUAAAAAAUACCACAGAUGUUAUUUGUUAAAAAGGCCAGUUGUUCAAAUUAAUGGCACCAUUGAUUCAGACAAAUACUUCUUGUACUGCACGGAAAACAUGAUUUUCAUGUUGAACAUUUCAGUGGAUACAAAGAAGAGCAAAAUUUUUCUUGACAGUAAGUUGGUGGGUCCCGAAGAGUUAGCUAAAGAGAUUAGCCAGCAAUUUCGUUUACAAGAAGGUUCAUUUUGCAUGAACAGUAAAUUUCAACCCUGUGACACAUUCAUGCAAAAAAGAUUUGAAUUUUCUAUGGGACAGCUUGAAACAUUGGGCAACAUUAUUUGUGAACUAAUAUUAAGGUUUGAUGUUGUACAGUUUAGUAAAUUUCAGGUAAAAAAAAAUGACAAAUUAUCCAUGAUUAAUAAAUGUUAUACUAAUAAACUAUAUUUGUCACCAACAAUUAAAAAAGCAUUUCCUGGUUGUAAACUAUCAACUUGUGGAAUGUCUAUUAUUAACACUGAUGGGACAAACAUAUUACACAACUAUUUUUGCCUAUUUUGUAAAAAGGAAUUGUAUUUAAAACAAUAUUUUUGUUAUGCAAAAUGUCCUAAACCAACUGUAUUUUGUGGGUUUUGUAAAAAUAAGCGUAAAGUAAGCGAAAAGUGCCCCAAUGGUCAUGAUCUUACAGGAUACAUAAUAAGACACAAUGAAUACCUAAAUUUGGAAGUAUUUUGCAAAUGGAAAUGUGGGGAGCAUUUUAAUAGCUUGGAUCUGUAUGAACAUGAACAAAACUGUGUUUACCGUGAGCCCAUAACAAUGUGCCCAGUGCCAAAUUGCACAAUUGAGAAUUUUAAAAACUUCUCUGAACUUCAAAAUCAUUUUAAAACUCAUAAAAAUACAAUUUUGAUGCCUUACUGGGAUAGUAAUUAUUGGGCUGGAAACCUUAAAGAAAAUGAUUAUUAUGUGUUCAUGGAGCAUAUAACUGUUGUUUUUUGUAACAAUAAUGAAAAAAUUAAAUUAAAAAAUAUUAUUACCUCUGAUAAAACUAAAUUCAAAAUUUUCGUAAAUAAAACGCAAAUUGCUCUUAAUGAAGAAAUUGAAAAACCAAAAUGGGAUAUUCCUUUGAAAUUUAGAAUCUUUGAAGAUUUUAUUGUUGAAUGCAAAUAAUGUGUAUUAUAAUAUCUUAUUACCUACCUGUUAGUUUAGUAUAACAAAAUUGUUAUUACGAAACAUUUCAAGAUAUUUUUACUUUAUUGAAUAAAGUUUAUUUUAAUCACAAAUUGCAAAAUUUCUGUCAAUCAAUAUUCCCAGGUUUUAGUCACAGGACUUCAGCAGUGGAUGUAAACAGUUUUUUUUUUUUUAAGGUUUAUUGACUUAGUCUUUUAGACUAUUUAGCCAGCUCAUUAUUUUAUAUUUUUAUGCUCGAAAAACAAGCACAACACCCAAGGCUGUGACCGGGAAUCGAACCCGGUACCGUGGCGCAGAUUGAUUACGGCUCUGUAGCUUUAACCCACUGCGCCAUCCUCGGCCCCCAUGUAAACAGUUAUUUUGUUCUUUGAUUGUGACUAGGGAUGCGCAUCGAAUAUUCGAUGUUCGUCAAACAUCGAUUUUAUUGAAGUGAACAUCGAUUUUUUAACAUCGAUCU